AAAGGUAAGACAGUGGCUCUCUCUGCUUUUCGGCCCGCUGCAGGACAGCAGCAUUCGCUGGCUGCUCGUAACGUUCAUGGUUUACAUUUGACCCGACAAGGUAAGAGACCAAAUGAAGAAGAAGAGGAAGAAGGCUUAUUUACUCCCAUUAACAUCUGAUUCUCUGAACCAGUGUGUGCCACCAAGUCUCUCUGUCCUCCCUUGAACCAACUGGAGUACUGUGACCGUUGCACAUCCCGCGUGCCGAUGUGGCAUUCGAGUGCUCUCUCACGCUGUCGGUAUUCGCAGAUGGCCGGAGGAAUCUUCACCGACUUGGGCAACCUGUGCAACGUGGACUGCGCCAACGUCCACCCGCUGGUGUGUCACCUGUGCCGCGAGCAGUACCAGAGUCCGUGUCUGCUGGACUGCUACCACAUCUUCUGCGCCCGCUGCCUGCGAGGCCGGACGAGUGACGGCCACCUCAGCUGCCCCCUCUGUGGCUACCCGUCCAUCCUCAGAGGGAACAGCUCCCUCCCGCCAGAGGACCGGCUGCUCAAGUUCCUGGUUGACAACAGCGCGGACGCUGAGGAGAGCGUGCAGUGCGCCAACUGCGACCAGGAAAGUAGCAAAAAGCUUCAUUGUGGUGAUUGUUUCCCCGUCCAGGACGCAGGAGGGAUGUACUACUGCAACACCUGCAGCCAGCCGCUCUGCGGCGCCUGCAGGGAGUCGACCCACAAGGCCAGAAUGUUCUCCCACCACGAGAUCGUGUCCCUGGCCCAACGCUCCAGGGCCAAGCACCGGAAGUGCCCGCUCCACGAGGAGCCCUACAUCCUCUUCUCAACAGAGAACAAGUCGAUGCUCUGCAUCAAGUGCUUCAGAGACAUGCAAGUGGAGAGCCGGACGCACUGCAUCGACAUCGAGACGGCGCACAUGCAGGGCUGUGAGAUGCUGGACCGGGCGGUGCUGGUGAGACGACCCGCGGGAGCACUCGUGUGUCGCUCAUUACAAAUGAAAUGUGGUGAAGGAGCUGCAGACCUCGGCUCGGGAGGCGAUCCUCCUGCUGAGAGCCAUGAUCGGAGAAGUGUGUGUGAACGUGGAGGAAGAGGAGAGCGCGAUCUGCUCUCUGUUCAGCAGCUUGCAGGUUAUGUAACGACCCGUCAACACGAGGAGAAGGAGAAAGCACUCAAGGAGCAGCUCUCGCACCUCACUGCCCUCCUCCCCACCCUGCAGGUGCACCUCGUCACAUGUUUGGCCUUCCUCAGCUCCGCCAACAAGUUUGAGUUUUUGGACAUGGGCUACCAACUCAUGGAGCGGCUGAAGAGGAUCGUAAAGCUGCCUCACCGACUGAGACCAGCGCAGAGCAGCAAAAUCAACACCGACUACAGAAGUGAGUUUGCUCGCUGCCUGGAGCCCUCGCUGCAGCUCGGGCAGCGCGGCCCCCCCUCCGCCGUGGCGGCGAGGCACCAGUCCCCUCUCUCCGUGGCGUCCCCGUCUCUCAGCGAGAUGCCUCUGGGCUCGCUGUGCAGCCGCAGGCCGACAUGUCACCGCAACAUCUGCACCAAGGUGCUGCUGGCCGAGGGCCGGGAGACGGCCUUCACCGAGCACUGCCGCAGCUACGAGGGCACCUACAGGACCCUCCAGGCGGAGAUCCAGAAUCUGAAGGACCAGGUCCAGGAGCUGCACCGGGACCUGACCAAGCACCACUCCGUCAUCAACACGGACAGGAUGGGGGAGGUCACGGAGCGCUCGCUGCACAUCGACAGCCAGAUCGCGUCGCAGCACGCCGCCGUGGAGACGAUGAGGGGCACGUUCGAAGAGGUCUGGGACGAGACUUUUCAGAGGGUCACCAACGAGCAGGACAUCUAUGAAGCCCAGCUUCACGACCUGAUGCAGCUGAAGCAGGAGAACUCGUACCUGACCACCAUCACCAGGCAGAUCAGCCCCUACAUCCUGUCCAUCGCCAAAGUCAAGGAGAGGCUGGAGCCCAGGUUUCAGGAGCCGAAAAAGCUCCACGACGACCGCACGGAGACGAUGCUGAAGGUCUACGAAGAGAGCGCCGUGGCGAAGGACGGCCAAGACGGUGACAGCCAGCCCUGCGUCGCAGACCCGGACCGGCACAAGAACAACCGGCCUCCGAUCCUCGAGUCGGCCGACGGCUCCGUGAAGACCGGCCGCCCGGCCCGGCCCAGGGUUGCCACGGAGACGUCCAGCCAUAAUGAGACGCCUUCGUAAAAGAAAAACACGAACCACGAUGCCACGACAUCACGACGAGCAGCUCGCCGGGAACGGCGUGUCCGGAGACUCCGAGGCGUGAGAGCUCGGAUGGACGCGGGAGGUCAAAGGUCAAAGACCGUCGGACGAAGAAAACAAAGAAUCACUCGGACGUGUAGAAGAUCCGACUGGAGCCCAGAGAAUGUCUUUUUCUGUUUUAGUCGCUCUGUUUGUGUAAAAAGAUAAGUAUGCCGAGAGUGUGAAUUAUGGCCCUGUCUGUUUUCUUUCACAGUGUGUGUGUGUGUUGAAUAUUUUUUUCGAUUCUUUGCAUAAAACAUUUUCUUUGGGGUGUGAGGAGGGGGGGAGGAGGCUGAUGAUGGAUGACCGCCCGGGUCGGUGAACAGAUGGAACGCAGCGAAUGCAACGAGGUGUGAUGUCAUCCGGGGUGUCAGUCACGUGUUGACGUGUGUGUGUCUCUUUAAAAAUGAGGCUGUCAUUUCCAGGAUGGCGUCUGCAGAUUUAAAUAUAUAUAUUUUUUCUUUCUUAUUUUUUACCAUCAUGCAAGAAGUGGAAACACUUUAAUUUCAGCGGCGUGGGAAUGUAACCGGCCUUUUUUUGUUUUUUUUGUUGAGACUCCACCCUCAACAUCCCAGCCGACCAAAGCUCCAUCUCGACAUACGUGUUCCUCGUGGUUUGCCCCUCGACUAAACGCCGAUGUCAGCGUCGUGUUUUCGGGCCCUGCGGGAAGCAGCAAGCGUCUUUCCUCCUCCUCUUCCUCCCUUGUAUUCUUUUGAUAUUUAUCAUGUUGGGAUGUUCGCGGUGGAACAUGAAGGCCUGAUCCAGUGGUGUACUCCUCGGGAAAUAUGUUAGUGCCCCCUAACCAGCCAUGUUGAGUUAAAUACACAGUGCUGUGCCAUCAGUGUCAGAUUUAAUAUAGAAAAUAUACAAUUAUGUUUAUGAACUUA